AGGUUUGUGUGCCCCCCGCUGACCGCUCUCGAUGGGGCUUUGCUGUGCUUUUACCAUUAUGGACACGAAAAUGCUUUAUUUCUCAGCCUGAAGCUGCCCCUUAGUUUUUCAGCCACAUAUAAAAUAACGGAUGAUGUGUAAAGCAAUACUGAUGUCCGAUACCAGCAAGCCCAACUGAACUGACAUUUUAAUUUUGAAAUAAUUGUGAAUAGUUUAUAGUAGUGCCCUGAACUACCCGUUUCAUAAAAUGCCUGUGUCAAUGGCCAGCAUUUUCGUUAAUUGUGUGUCCAAAGAUAUCCAAACCAGCCAUUUGUCCAAAGCUGUUUGAUAACUACACAAUGAUUAACACGACUCAAAACUCAUUUCAUUUACAUUUAAUGUUCUUUUACCAGUCCAAAAGUGUUAAUUGAUGACCAAGCUUUCUAUUGACCAAUCAAUGCUAUUUACCAAUGCAAUGCAAUCAUGAUUACUUUUUAAAAUACUAAGGUGUAGUAAGUGAUUUUCCAAUGUCCAAAGCAGCCUGCUUGUCUUCGUUCAAAUUCCAAACCCCGAAUUUGAUAUUGGACAAAAUCAGAAUUCUGAAGGUCACGGUUUUGAUUAGCACCACUAGUAAGAAGAUCAACAACACAUUUUGAUCAUUGAUGACCUGUUGCAAUGUUACCUAUAGAUAUGAUAUUAGCAUGCACAUGUACUGAAAGUGACUGACGGAUCCACUGAUUGCUCCAGGGAGCAUUUGGGCCUAUUAUCUCCCCUGAUCAGGAAAGUGCCUGAUAUAGAAAAUUUAGGUUUUGGGAACAAAAUACACAAACUAAACAGCUAAUUUCAAAUUAAGGAAAAUUGGUAAAUUUGUACAGCAGCUCAUAAAGAUUAGAAUCUAAGGAGUCUUGGGAACUUGUAAAAUCUUUUAAGAUCAUAUGACCCCUUCCCCUGCAACCUGCAGCAUCCAAGACUGCUUUUCUGGACCUGGUACUUGAUGUAGCCAGGCAGCUCUUAGCCUCAUCAGGGUGCAUCUCCUGUGACAACAACACCUGCGGCUGUUUGAAAUGGCCAGCCUCCAGUCUGUCACACCACAUGACCCGUCAGAGGUUCUGACAGCUUCAGAGAGGGUCUCAGAUGCCAUGUCAAUGUCAGAACAAGGCUCGGCGUGUGAGGUGUGCGCGGCAGAGGUGGCCGAGGCGUCUGCUGGUGAUGAGGCGGCCUGCCGCGCUGCAGCCGCCCUGUUCGGUGCCGACAGCGCGCCCUCGUGGCUGUGCUGCGCGUGUGUGGAGCUGCUGCGGGCCAUCGACGGCCACCGCCGGGAGCUGGAGACGGCGCAGCGGCUGUUCUGGCGCCGCCACCGGCAGGGCGCUCAGAAGAGACAGUCUGUUGGCCUCAAUAUGGAGUUAACCAGUCACAAAGUGAACGGGGCCAACGCGGCGCUCUCAGAUGACGAGCUGGACUCCAAAAACGAUAAAUGUGCCGUCAGUCCUCCACACGGUGAAAAAGAAGAGAACACGGUGGAGGAAAUCUCUGAGACUGUGCCUGCCUCGGACGACGAGGCGACCGGCAGCACCACGGCUGACGACCCCUCCAUCCGCCGCUCGGGGUCCUCCGGCAAACAAUGUACCACCUGUGGCAAGGAGUUUCGCACGUGGCGCGCGCUCGACGGCCACAUCAACUCUCACACGGGCGCGCGGCCGUACGCGUGCUCACACUGUGACCGGCGCUUCUCGUCCCGUCCUGCGCUGCGCCAACACCAGGGUAUCCACUUUAACAAGUGGGCGUGCGAGCUGUGCGGCAAGGUUUACAGCACGGAACCGGCGCUCUCCACUCACCGCAGCUACGUGCACUUCCCGGAGCGUCUGAAAACCAUCACCUGUCCCGUCUGCGGUAAGGAGUUUCUCGGUCAGAAACGCUACAAUAAACACUCGCUCACGCACUCAGCCGGCGCGGGACGCUUCACCUGCCCGGAGGAGGGCUGCAAUAGUUCGUUUAAGACCCGCAAUGCGCUCAAUGUACACAUCUAUAAGCACCAGGGCAAGCGGUUCGCGUGCGACCAGUGCCCGGCUAUGUUCUCGUCCAAGGCGUCCAUGCAGCAGCACAUGGUGCGUCACGGCGCAGUGGAGGCUCGUUUCCCGUGUCCACACUGUCCGCGGCGGUUCAUCUAUAACUCGAUCCUGCGCUGUCACCUGGCGUCCGCGCACAGCGCCGAGCGAGACUGCGUGUGCGAGGUGUGUGGUGCCACGUUCACGUGCAACUCGGCGUUGAACGCUCACAAACUGUCGCACCAGGAGGAGAGGCCGCACGUGUGUGCCACGUGCGGCGCCGCCUUCAAGAGGAAGCAGAUCUUGGAGAGGCAUGUGCGAUUCGUUCACAACAGGGAGGUCGCAGCGAGGUGUGAGCAUUGCGACAAGGGCUUCCCGACGCAGCACAAGCUGAAGGUUCACAUGCGCUCGCACACAGGCGAGCGACCGUUUUCGUGUCCUCUCUGUGAGAAGCGGUUCUCGCAGAGGUCGCACGUGCGCUCACACAUGCAGCUGCACGUGGAGUUACGGCCGACGGACGGGUCGGAGGCGGUGGUUCCGGCGGUGCCGCUGUCUGCGCCCUGUCCUGUAGCGCCCCCUGCGCUGGAGGCCGGCCCGGCGGCGCCCCCUGCACUGGAGGUAUUAGAGGUGGCGGCGCUGCUGCCGGUGACACCCGUUGAGCUCGUGUCGCCCGCAUCACCUACUACCGGCCAGCUCCUCACACCACCGUCUACUCAGCAGUGAAUGCUGACUGGUGUAGACAUUUUUUAUGAUUGAUCCCGGGUCAGUCAUGUCAUGUCAUGUGGAAAAUGUGCAGUCAAUGAGCCUGUUACCCAGUUUUAAUCUUUUCAUACGCCUGGGCAGCUAAUUCGUAUUGAUUGUUUAUGAUGAUUUUAAGAUGUUUUGUAUAUGAUCGAUGGCUGUGAUUCUUCAAGGUCAAAAUAAUGUUUGGUGUGCGUUACGUUGUUUGCGUACGUUGGACACAAAGCGUAGUUGUUGACGCGUAAUGGAAACCGUUUUAUGGAACAUUUGUUGCUUUUCAUGAUAAAUUAUAUGUACUGAAGUGUUUGGUGUGAUUUUUGCCCAACUACUUUCCUUUACAAUAAGAAAAAUGUUUGACCUUUUGGGGUCUACAAAUAUAGAAUGCAAAUGUACGUUUGUCUUACCCUAAA